AUGCUCGCCAGCUCCUCAAUUGGAUCAGGCCGAUAUCUGGAGCCAAUCUUCAGCCAGUCUCUCAGGAGCUUAUGGGACAGUGCAUGUAUCAGUCGAUUUAGCUUCGAUGCCGACGAUCGCCUCAUCUUAGUUACGGUUCUGAUUUUCGUGGAUUUCUUUCUCACCACUCGCAAUGGCCCACCCACAAACGCCAAACGGCAAGAAAUUCCCGCAGCGGAGCGUGAGCUGCGGAUUAUGCCCUUCUCCGCAACGCUUGGGAUCAUCUUCAAACUCAUUGUACGGGUUGGCCAUAUCACCAAAACCGGUGAAACUACGUGGUUUCUCACCCAUGCCAUGAACGAGCUUUACCAGCAGCUCGUCCAAGUCGCGAUCAAAUUCAAGACGAGGAUCUCUCCGUCAUUUCGCAGCCUGUCGGGUGGACCGAUGGCAUCUGACGCUGCUCCUGAUAGGUGCCUCCGUCUCAUGUCGCAGUCGUCAAAAUCUGCGCAUUAUCGGCUUGCUCUGCGCUCUGAGGUUGUGAUCUGGAGGGGAGAUCGGGCAACACUACUGGGAUGCAAUGGUCGUCUCGAUCGAAGCGGGCUCGAAAUUAGUUCGAGCUGCCCUGGUUUGCUCAAAUCGUUGAUCGGAUGGAUCGAGCUGACCGCUAUGGCGCCUGCAGAUGAUAAUGGGUUGAAGAAUGCACAGCAUCGAGACGCUUUAUUGGAAUUGAAGGCUUCAGUAGCAAAGGAGCCAGGAUGGAAGAUCCAUAUCAUUCAUGAAAUGGUAAUGGUCGAUGAACGCAAUGCGUUCGCAAGUUCAUGGGCAUGGGAGGCCGAGCGCAGCAUCAACCACUGUUAUGACCUGGAAGAUGGAUCCGCAAUUGUUUGUGCGGUUUCAGGUGAAUGCUGCAUCGGCACUUCGACCAUUACAUGCAGCUGCUCUUCAUCAUACUUCCGCCGAACAGCCAUGCUUAUCCCCAAGACUAUCUUCAAGAAGGCUGUGUCUUUCCUUGAUCACUCCCAGACGAGCCAGCCUGUCCGCUUCUACCAAGCCUGGUGUCUCAUAGACAUGUGGAAGCAAGGAAGUAAACGAGGUCAUUCUUCAGAUUGUCCGCCAUCGAGGCUCCAAGUCAACGCUCAUCUGCAAACGAGCAAUACAUUACUCGAGCGUGUGAAACUCCCCAGAACCGUGGAACACAAUGCUCGGCCUUCUAAAAGAAGAUGUUUACCGCCGCAGCACAGCUCCGCCAUCGGCAAUCUCAGGCCUUUUUUCGAAUUGAAAGAGCAGAACUGGAGGUCUGGGUCAGGAUCUCACGAGCUGACGAUGCACCAUCGCUUUCCGGCUAACUCAAAGCACCCCAUCAGAUACCUCUUUGGCAACAGACACUCAAUAGGACCGCAAUGGAUUGUAUUGAGAGCCUCCUAUCUAGGGAAAAUCGAGAGCGAACAUCGGAGACCUGCGAGAGUCGAGCUGAAAUCAGCUUGGGCGAGGUCAGAAGCGGAAUUUGGCACGAUUCACCUCAUAGUUUGCCUGCCCGUGGUGGUGGUCGUGACUGACGUGACAGGCGGGUACUCCGUGUCAGUCGUGGUCGUUUUCGUGGUCAAGGUCUCAGUGUCUUCGGGCUCGGGAACACUGGAAGUGGCGAAUGGAACCUUCAGAACGGAGCAGACGAUCUUGGCACAUCAGAAAUGCGGGACUUGCGUGAUCUUCGCCCCAAAAGUGCGGCUACACAAUCGACUGAAACUUGACAUUGAUCUUCUUGUCGAGCAUGAAGGUUGGGUUCUUCUUCUUGGCUUCUGCGCUGGAGUAUUCUCUGUAAUCGCCCAGAAUCGCUUAUGGCCUGGGAUGUGUGACUGCCAUAGUCCAGGCGAAACCACACGGCUGGAGGCAGUAAUGGCACUGGAAGCGAACUUCACCUGUGACGCUAUCACCGUGGUUGCCCUGAGGUUGGCCAUCGAUGGCAUCCGCUUCACAUGUCGCGCCAUUGGUAUCGUCCUCAUGGCGCUGGCGAACCUCCUGGCGUUGGCGAUCAGUCGCAACCGCUUCAAGCACUGCGCCAUCGACCUGAUUGAUCUGGAGCUGACGCGCCUCAUUCAGCUUGUUCUGGAACACCCGGCCGCCGUCCUUCCCGCCAGCCUUGAAGUUUCGCUGGGACUGUAUUGGUGA